AUGCGUGCCUCAUCAGUCCUCGUCCUGGCAGCGUCCGGCAUGGUCGCUGCCCAAGGUGGCAUCGUCUCCAGCAUCGAAUCAGCUGGCGGCUCCGCCCUCUCCACCGCCACAGGUGGCCUCGUCUCCUCCCUAACAUCUCAAGCUGGCUCCGCUGUCGGCAUUGGUGGCUCUUCGACUGGCAGCAGCGGCAGCGCGACGUCCACUGGCAGCAGCGGCUCCAUGACCGGCAGCUCCUCCUCCACUGGCUCCAUGACUGGUACUUCCUCCAUGACCGGCAGCAAUAGCGCGUCCAGGACUGGUUCCAGCAGCUCCGGAUCAGGUGCUGGCGGUAUCGUUGGCUCUGCCACUAGCGCAGCUGGUAAUUACCCAUAUCAAAGAAUAGGACAAGACAGGAGGGCUGACGUUACAAUAGGCGGCGCGGCAUCAUCUGCUGGUGCUGCGGGUUCGAGCGCAGUGGCUGGCAGCGGCGCUGUGCAAACUGCCGUUCCUGGUAUCCUCGGCGCGGCUGGUCUCGCUCUUGCGGCUAUGUUGUAA